AUGGUCUCCGGUGGUGAACAAGAAGCAGUGGACAUAGCAAAGCUUGUCAAACAAGUGUCAGCUUGUUUUGAAGAGCAGACAGAAAAUAUGUGGAAAAGUGCUUUAGCAAGUUUGGAAGUUCAGAUUACAUCUCUUUUUGAUAAACUUAAAAUGGAGUUUGAGGAGGUCUUUGAGAGAAGAAAGGGAGAUACGCAUGAUAUACACCACCAACAGUCCAUUGGAGGUUUUAAUAACGGUGGAUUUAGUGGGAAUAACUCAAACGGUGUUGGAGAUCUUUCAAAUAAGAAACUUGGUGAUGCAGUUAUCCAAGGAAAAUUAAAGAAGGCAAAUGUGAAAAGAAGAUCCCGUUCGAAGGUUGCUGUUCCAUCUGAAGCGAGUGAAACAUGUGGUGUAGGUGGUACUGGUUACAAGGAAGAUGACGAUGAUGAAGAGAUGUCUGAUGAUAUUGUUUUAAAAAAUUUGUAUACCAAAUUGGGCAACGCUUCGAUUAAUGGCAAGGUAAGUUCGACUUAUGAUACAUAA